AUCUAGAUUCCGUUGCAGAAGAAUCAACGGGUCUCACUGGGUCAAAAGCCGAGACUAUGUCGAGCAAUAGCAAUUCCGAUGAUUUCUUCUUCCACAUGAGCAAGAAAAAUAAUCUUUACGAACUCCAGAGACAGGCUUACUAUGAUGUUCUUUACGCCUUCGCGGCAGAAUCUUCUGCAAUAUCCAGCCCUGGGAUUACGAUCAUCAAGGAACUGAAGAAAGAAUGGAACAUUACCUACAAAAUUCAUAACUUUUUUCAGGAAGAAAUCAAAGCUGAUCCACUGGUCCAAAAAUUGAGGAGAAUAUCACUGGCUUCCGAUGACAAGGAAAAGCAGAAAGUCGCUGCAGCCGAAGAACAGAAAACUACUGCUGUACAAGGCACUAAAUUGAAACCCCGUCUGAUUUUGAAAAACGACGACCUACUCCAAUUGCUUGAAAAGCUAAAUGUAGCUCCUACAAAGAUGCCAAAAGAAAAGGCAAAACCGAGUUCUUUUCCUGACGAUUCAACUAUCCUCAGCUGGGGCCAAGUUUCUCCUGCGUCUCUUGUUAACAGAUGGAUCAACAUAAGAAUGCCUGGUGAAUCUGAUUACACUUCAUUCCUCAUCGAAGAGUAUAACCCCAAAACGGAAAUGCACUACCUGGUCACUGCUCCAAGCAAAAACGAUUUGGUUGACCUUGACCCGUGCAAUUGGAUUGAUAUCAGACAUUUUCCGGCAGAAGAUGUUGUAUGGGAUGAGGAACAUCCCGGGUUCCCAUCACGUAAAGGCUUUCUUAAACCAGGCGAAACUAUCUUGCACGCAACCAGUACAGCUCGAGAAAAGAAGCAACUUAAGGAGGUUGGAAAAACUGCCAGUGGGAUUCCUAUUAUUAUGAGAAAGCUUGAUAAGGGAAAGUCUAUAUGCACAUGA